GCGCGUCCACUUUAGCAACGCGGGAAACAUUGCUACGCUCUUUCUCUGUUUUUCCGCAAGAAAGCUCAAUUCUUCGCCGCACAAAUUAUACAUUUUAGUAGAAUAGAGUUGCUACCCUGCGAGCAAGGGGGUUCGGUUUUACCCCGGGCGACUACUUUGACGCUCGGCGUACUCCUUCCUCUGGCGGCAGCGCGUAUGUGUACUGAAAACGCGGGCAAGUUUGAACUAGUAGCAGUUGUUUGGACGAAUGUCCGUCCGCUCGAGUUAGCGUGGGCACAAAAACUAUACGGAGGAGCUUGUAGGAAACUUGAGUCAACAAAUGGAUUCGUUCCAGAAGGUCGAGAAGAUAGGAGAGGGCACUUACGGGGUUGUGUACAAAGCUAAAAACAAGAACACGGGAGAGACGGUCGCUCUCAAGAAGAUAAGACUGGACACGGAAACCGAGGGUGUUCCAAGCACCGCCAUCCGUGAGAUUUCCCUCCUCAAGGAGCUCAGUCACCCAAAUAUUGUCAAGUUGCAUGACGUCAUCCACACGGAAAAUAAGCUGUACCUAGUCUUUGAGUUCCUCAACCAGGAUUUAAAAAAAUUUAUGGAUUCCUCCACAGUCUCUGGUAUUCCGCUCGAUCUGAUUAAGAGUUAUCUCUUCCAGCUGCUGCAAGGCUUGGCGUUCUGUCACUCCCAUAGGGUUCUCCAUCGUGACCUGAAGCCUCAAAACUUGCUUAUCAAUGCUCAAGGCGAGAUAAAGCUGGCUGACUUCGGACUGGCCAGAGCGUUUGGCGUCCCUGUGCGCACAUAUACACACGAGGUAGUAACACUGUGGUACCGAGCACCGGAGAUCCUGCUGGGCUGCAAGUUCUACUCCACGGCCGUCGACAUCUGGAGUCUGGGCUGCAUCUUUGCUGAAAUGAUCACCAGGAGGGCCCUGUUUCCAGGGGAUUCUGAGAUAGAUCAGCUAUUUCGCAUCUUCCGCACUCUCGGCACACCCGACGAGGCCACGUGGCCAGGAGUGACUUCUAUGCCGGACUACAAACCUUCGUUCCCCAAGUGGGCCCGCCAGGAUCUUGCCAAAGUGGUCCCUCUCCUGGACGAAGAUGGAAGAGAUUUGUUACAAGGAAUGCUGCACUACGAUCCAAACAAAAGGUUAUCGGCCAAGAACGCCCUUGUCCAUCGCUUCUUCCGUGACGUCACAAUGCCUCUUCCUCAUCUGAGACUCUGAAUUAUGGAAAACCUCCUUAAAAACCCUUAACUUCAAGGUUAAAGAAGACAUUUGUGACCUCAUUUCACGGCAGGUUCAAAAGAUAAAAUUGUGGUAUCUUUUUGAAGGUCAUCUGAUGCUUUAAAACAACUGUUAGGCUCAGGUACUUGUCUGUUCUUUCGACCUACCGACCUGUUCUGUUAAAUGUUUGUGUACCUUCCAUUGUUCAGCUAAGUGUUGUCAUCCAUUCCACGUGUGUAGCCCCUCAUAGACAUACUUUAGGUAUGUGCCCAAACACCUGCUUGUUUUAUAUUCAGGUUUUGGCCUGUCGGGUGUCCAAAUUUUAGCAUUUAGAAAUUGUUCGCACAAGUUAUCGGGAUAGUGCAAAUACUGACUUUUAUAGGUAAUUCUAUUUUCCUGCCAUACGAGCUAACAAAGUGAAAAUCUCUUAUUUGUACAUAUGCAGGUAAUAUUGCAAUGUAUGCCUUAUUUUCAGAUUUUACCAUUUAUUUUGUGGGCUGCCACAUCUUUUGUACUCUAGAUUUUACCUGCCUAUUGUGAUCCCUUUUUUCCCCCUGGUUGCUGCCUGUUAUCAGUAAAGAAAAAAAUAAACAUGUUUUUAUAACUGUUAA